CUCGGAAGCCGCGGAUUCGAAUAUUGCUCUACUUACCGGAGGUUGGGCGGCCAGAUAGUAUUGUUAUCCUUCACACUAUACGUUCGGCUCCUUGCCGAUUGUGUGCUUUCCACACGUGAAGAAUUGUUCCUAACAAAUGAAUCUCAGUUCCCAUUUCUUCAACACAACAAAUACUGUGACUGUAAAUACAGUUUUUGAAGCACUUGCAUUGAUACCAUGGAAGAACGAACUUUGGUUAGUUUCACUGAUUGGAUUCCAUAUAAUCACCUCCAUGUGUUUGAUUGUUCUCCGCAACUUCACAAAUUUGCUACUGUGUGUUUUAUUUUUCCUGCUUGGCACUGUUUGGUGUUCAGAUUGGAUUAAUGAAAUAGCUGCUAAUCGCUGGAACCUAUUUGCCACUGAGCAAUAUUUUGAUAGUCGUGGAUAUUUCAUAUCAUGCAUUUGGAGCAUACCUGCCAUUCUUAACAGUUUAGUAAUUACCGUGUUGCUGAUAUCUGUCAGUCGGGAAAGUCUGGAACACAAGUUCAUAUCUGUAUACGUAUUUCUGCUCACGCUAGGAGUUCUCGGAAACAACUCUCAUUCUUUCUGCAUGACUUACCAUCUUCAGCCGGUAUCAAUUUCAUUAAAUAUAACAAUGACCUAACAGUUUACAUACCUAUCCCCGCUUCAGUUGAUUAUUCCCAACUGAAUGAUUUUCUUAUCUACUGUUAGACGAUGGUCCUCCGAGAAUGGUUUUAUGCUUAAUUCCUCAGAAUGUUAGACCAUAAACUUUAGUUUUAGAUGUGAACAUAACUUAUGUAAAGUGCUCAGUUCUCAUGACUCUUGUUCUAUUGAUAGUUGUGCAUUAGAGAAUGCUACAAAUGUGAUUUACCUAAAUGUGUUUUUCUUCGAACCUUUCCUGAUCUUCCCAUAUCUCACUAACUUCCAAAAACAUUUUCUGCCCAACUUUCUGUAUUAGGAAACUGAGAGUAUCUGGUAUAACUCAACCUCUUAUCUUGUGUUUUAUAAACUUCUAUAUCUUGUAUGUUCUCCUCUAUUACUCCCCUCUAUAUUGUCCUGGGUUGCUGAAAAAAGAGAAUGCUAUAUUGCGUAGAACUUUGAAGAUUGUCAGCAGAACUAGUGGUGUACCCGUAAACCUAGUUAAAACAGUUGUGGACAAAUAUACUAACUCUUGUAAAUAUCUGGCAGAAGUUAUUUUAUCAGAUGACCAACAUCCUCUUCACUCAAAGCUCUCUGCAUGUCGGUAUUCUAGAAAGACGAGGAGCAAGUACAUAAAACUCUAUGUACGUACUACAAAAUAUAAAAACUCUACAAUACCGUACUUAGCUCGUCUGUUGUGUGAUGAAGAAAGUACUAGAAAUGAACUGACUAAUCAAAUUCUGUUUUGAAAGCAAACUAAUUGAAGAGUGUUACUUUUUACGUAUUAUGAAUCCAAUUGCUAAUGUGGUUGUCUACCUAAAUUAACUGCACAUUUUCAAGAAAGCUGUAACUGGAGUGAAUAUUAAUAUCUUUUCUUCAUGUAAUUUUUACUUAUUUCAUUUUGAUAUGUGUACAUAUACACUGUCUGUCUA